AUGGGGAAGAAAGCCAAAAAGCUAAAAACCCUUACCGGGAACGGCUCCCGCGAUAUUGCCGACCUCCUACAACCGCGGCCUAGGCCCAAAAUGGCGCCACAAAUAGACGCAUAUUCUACAUCCUCUGAGGAAGAACUCUUAGACGCACCCGAUGAAAUACCCUGUUCAGGGAGCAUGCACAGCCCUCAAAGAGAGGAAGAUCUAACAGCCCCAGCUACAAAAGGGGACAUCAAAGCUCUGUUAACAAACAUAAGAGCCUUCUUCAAUGCAGACUUGAAUAUCAUCCGUGAGGAUAUAACAGUGGUGACAGCAAGACUGCAGGCUAAUGAGGAUGCCAUCACCUCCCUAGCCCAAAAGCAAGAAAGCACCAACGAGCACUUGCUACAGCUUCAAGCAGCACAUAAAAGCAUGCAGGUCAGACUGGACACCCAGGACGACGCAAGGAGGCGUAAUAAUCUUAAAAUCAGGGGUAUAGCCGAAUCAGUUACCGAACAGGAACUGCCCCAUUUCUUACGCCGGCUAUGGACUACCCUAUUGCCGCAGCGCUCCGCGAAGGGCAUUCAGGUAGACGGCUGCUACAGACUGGCCAAGUCAAAUAGGGCCCCGGCUGGGGUUCCCCGAGAUGUCCUGAUACGUUUCCCGCUACUUCGCGACAAGCUGGCCCUGCAGGAUGCUGCAAAAUCCAGAACACCUCUUAAGUUUGAAGAAAUGCAACUCCAACUUUUACAGGACUUAUGCCGCUCCACUCUGGAAUGGAGACGGUCUUUUCAACAGGUGAUAAAGAUCCUACGCUCUGCAGACAUCAGCUACAAAUGGGGGCCCUCUCGUGCUCUACUAGUCCAUAAAGACGGGAGCAUGCAUCAGCUUUCCACCGCCGAAGACUCAGCAACAUUCCUACAGGGACUGGGACUUACCAUGUCUUCUGACAACACGGCACGUCCAAGCCACAGAUGGGACGUCCGCAGAAUUGUCCCUUUUAUCCCACGCUCUGCAGAUGACACCGGCUGAAUGUGGAUGCACCAGCAGUCACACGGACCUGGACUGA